AUGGCCGAUCUCCCCACCCUCUCAUCGCUGCCCUCCCAAUCGCAGGAGACCCAGCUGCGCGUGCUGGACACUCUCUUCGAGCCUUCCCCCGAGAUCCACCAAUUAAUGCUGCCGAUCCUGGCAAACCAGACCUUCAAAACCUAUACCUCCCUCAUCGACGCCGUAGGAGGUCGCAUCUUUGAACUGGCUGCUCCCAACUCCGACUGGACAGUGCUGUUCGGCAUCUUGGGCUCGCACCCGCGCCUCGGUCGGGCCCCCGCCAACCCCGAACAUCUCAGCGAAUUGAGCAAGAAGGAACAGGCGCAAUUAAACACGGGCGCCGAGGAACAGGCGGAGAAGUUGUUGGCGCUGAAUGCCGAGUAUGAGGAGAAGUUCCCCGGACUGCGAUUUGUGACUUUUGUCAAUGGGCGCAGUCGGGAUGUGAUUAUGGAGGAAAUGCGCCAGCGCAUUGACCGGGCGGACAAGGAGAAGGAAAUUACGGAGGCUAUUCAGGCCAUGUGUGACAUUGCCAAGGAUCGUGCUCGAAAGCUCCAGGCGCGCAUUUAG